AUGGGUGAAAUACUUGUUACAUCAUCCGUCAACAGCCUGGACGCUGGCGUCGAUGCUGCGAAACUUGAAGCAGCCAACCGAUAUUUCCGCUGGAACUUACUCUUCCUGCUAAUAAUCUUUAUUUUCCUUCAUUUCCCUAUAUGGAUGCCCUUUGUUCCUUAUAUGAACCAGGCAACAAAUAUCGUCAUCAUAAUACUAAUCGGCCUGUUCCAACUCAUCUGGCUAGUAGCAACCGUUUGUGCUAUUCGUCGAACCAUAGCCAUCAACAGUCGGAACAAACGCAAAACAACGAAAGCCCAAGAUGCUGAGGCAUCCGAUUCCACGUCUGACGAAUAUUCAACGGUCCGUCAUAUAGUCGCCAUGACCUUGUAUAAAGAACCGAUGAGCGUACUGGAAACUACCUUGGACUCUCUUGUGCGGCAGAAAGAUGCCAAGUCACGUCUCUCUGUCAUCAUCGGCAUGGAAUCACGCACACCCGACAAAAAAGAGAAACGUGAUGAAGUCUAUACAAAGUACAAGAGCAAAUUUCUUCGACUCAUCGUCACCUUCCAUCCAUCAGGCGUACCUGGCGAGAUCAGUGGCAAAUGUUCAAACAUGAACUAUGCCUGUCGCCAAGGUCUACAGAUUCUUCGUCAGGAUAUCGACUACGACUACGAGACAUACGAACACAUAUUCACCAACUGCGAUUGUGAUGCUGUUUUCGAUGCCGAUUACAUGAUGGAGCUGGAGGCUGAAUACUGCAAGUUGGAUACUGCUGACCGCCACUCAUCCAUUUGGCAAUCCAUCAUUGUCUACAAGCGAGAUUCUAUGCCCUUUUUUGUUGACAUCACUGGAGUCUUGCGUACCUUUUUCUUCAUGGGUAUUUUGAUCCCCUGGAACAUCAACCCUAUGUCGCAUUACUCUCUUAGUGUCAAGCUAUUGGAAGAAGGUGCAUUUACCCACCCAGCCUAUCAGAUGGAGGAUAUUAUUGCCUUGAUUCGAUAUACAAUCAUGACAAAACGCGAGAUCCGCAUCAGGCCUCUGAAUCUUAUUUCUAUCAAUGGUCCAACUUCUGGAAGUAACUACGUCGACGAAAUCCGCGAAUGGGCUCUUCAGAUUCGGCGAUGGACUAUUGGCGCUGGCGAAGUCUUCCACUACUUCAUUGUCAAGACCUACCGUAUGCCUGGGAUCUAUCUCUCUAUCAGCUGGGCCAGUCGAUUCUUCAUCUACUAUGGGCUUGUCCUCUGCGCCAGCGCCAUCUUCUCCAUCUUCUCUCCAAUCUUCGUCCAGCUGAUCAACAUGGCUGCUCCCGAUCAUGAACGACUCUUGAUUAGCGAUAUCCUUUUCCAGACCGUCUGUCUUAUCUUUUUGGGGUCACAAUAUGUUUUUCUAUUGGUCGCCACCGUACUUGUCCGGUGGAACCUACCUGUCCCCGGCGAUAGCAGCAGCAAUUACAACAAGGGUCUCAAGGGUGUCACAAGAGGCCUGUUGCAUUGGAUCUUGAUGCUGCCGACUAUCCUCGCCUACAGCUUUGUAGAGCUAUACUCGUUCUUUGAGUUGGCGUUCAGAGGCAAAGAUGUUUGCAAGCAUAAUGCUGCUAACAAGAGUAACCUGGUUCUUGUGACGGGCACUACUGAGUCGUCAUAA